AAGUACUAGAUAAGACCAAGUACUGCGAUGCCUCCUCAAUGUAGUAUAUAUAUAACACCUUCUUCACCAUUGGUUUCAUUACGAAGAACACUAGAAUCUCAAUAUUAGAAAGAAAAAAAAAAUCAUCCAUGGAAAUCCAAGCUUUGUUGUCUCUCAUUCUUUUGAGCCUUUGUGCCUUAGGGGUUCACUCAGCCACAUUCACAUUCACAAACAAUUGUCCCUUCACUGUCUGGCCAGGAACCUUAACAGGUGCAGGCAAACCACAACUAUCAUCAACCGGCUUUGAACUUGCUCCCCAGGGUUCUUCUUCCUUGGAUGCUCCUGAUGGAUGGUCAGGUAGAUUAUGGGGAAGGUCUCAAUGUUCUACCUCUUCAUCAGGACAAUUUACAUGUGGAACAGGAGAUUGUGCCUCUGGCCAAAUCACAUGCAAUGGUGCAGGUGCAGUUCCCCCAACAUCACUAGUGGAACUCACUCUAGCUUCAGAUGGGGGCCAAGAUUUCUAUGAUGUGAGCCUUGUUGAUGGCUUCAAUUUGCCGCUUUCAUUGACCCCACAAGGCGGCAGCGGCGGAUGCAGUUCCACUAGUUGCUCUGUCAAUGUGAAUUCAGUGUGUCCUCCAGAAUUGGCUGUUAAAGGCUCUGAUGGGAGUGUCAUUGCUUGCAAGAGUGCAUGUUUGGCUUUCAAUAGGCCAGAUUAUUGUUGCACAGGGAGUUUUGGUAAUCCUCAGAGUUGCCCACCAAGUAACUACUCAAAAGUCUUCAAGGGACAGUGCCCUCAAGCUUAUAGCUAUGCUUAUGAUGAUAAAUCUAGCACCUUCACAUGUUCUGGGAGACCUAACUAUGCCAUCACUUUCUGUCCAUGAGAUAGAGCUAGGAUUCAACUUUCAUUGUAUUGUUCAAUAGUGAAACUUAUUUUUAGAAAAAAAAAAUCAGUAGUGAACAAUACAAUGAAAUAUUUUAUUUGAAGUAUGCAUUUUGCUUUUAUAAUAAAAUGUCAUUUUGAUCCUUCAAAAUGUAAUAGCUAGUUAAUCAUUUUAAUUUCUGAAAUAAA